AUGAGUUGCCAGUGGGUGUUUGAGCGGCUGGCGGACGGUCUCUUUCUCGGGCCGCGGCACCCACUGCGGCAUCUCUGCAAAUUACACCGGCAGGGCGUCCUGCUGGACCGCAACGGCACUCCACUCACCGCCGAUAAUAUACACACCGCCACAACAUGGCGAUCCCAUCAUGCAUUUAGUGGACGCUGCGGACUCCGCGUGGAUCAACAACAACAACAACAACAAGGAGAAGGAGAAGGAAAAGGAAAAGAAAGAGAAGAUGAAGGAGAAAAUUCAAAACAACAAACUUUGCAGAAAAAUGCAAACAGUUAUGGAGGUGGUGAUGUGCCGCAACCAGAGACGGUAUUAGAAGAAUCUGGUGAAGCCAUCGUCUCCCAAUCGCCUGAUGAUUACCGUACAUGGAUUGCAGAUUUUCAUUUACUUUCAAAGAGUGAUGAACCACAUGUGUUGCUCUCCGUUGCGCCUCACUUUCUCCCUUUACAAGGGAAUACUACAGAAGAGAAAGUAUGGCAUUCUCCAACGAAAGAAGAUCAAGAAAUUUAUGAUAAACGAAUGUUAGAAACUCCACUUAUUUGGGAAGAACCAAUGACGCUUUCUGUAGAUUGUACCUCUAAUGGUAUGUACCUCUGGAGUGAAGAGUGGGGAUUCUUUGGAGAAAAAAUUGCAGAUAGUUGUUUUGAGCAACAAGUUCAUAGACGUGUUGUGGGUGAUUAUCACAGUAAUAAUAGAAAUGGAAUACAAGAAUCACUGCAACAACAAGAACAAAUAGAAGAAUGGCAACAGGAGAAAUCGCAUGAGGCCUUUGUGCGACUUAGUUGGCGAAUGAAACCAGCAGGUGAACAAGAUGCCCGUAGUGGUGAACACCGCUCAUUACAUGAUUCAACAUUUACUCACAUUAAUGAGAAUUUUCAAAGUUAUGGAGAAAUGGUCGUUUUUGUGCGAUCAGGUUCUUCACAAGAUAAUGUUUGCAAUGAUAGAAACAACGGUAGCACUGGUGGUGGUGGUGAUGAUGGGAAUAGUGGUGGUAGUGGUAUGUCUCUAGUGGUUUCAGCCAUAACAACAACAUUAUUAUCAUCAUCAUCAUCAUCAUCAGGAGGUUUGAAUGGCUGUAAAGGAACUGAAGGAGGAGAACUUAUUAGUAGUGGAAAUCACGUUUGGCGGCGUGUGUGUGAACGUGUGGUGGUACUUAAUGGAAUUCUGCAGGAGAUGCACUUUGUUCCAUACGUGACACUCAUGGAUGACGGAGAUGAAGUAACUAUAUUGUAA